AUGAAAUACAAUGAAAAAGAAUUAAUUGAAAUAAGCCGAGGUAUCGGUGAACUGGAAGGACGUUUAAAUCACAAGCGUGCUCAUAAAUCAGCAUUCAAAGAGCGAUGGUUUAAACUAAAAAGCAACUUGUUGUUUUACUUUAACAUUACUGACCUUGGCCAGAUCGACGAAAAACAACCUGCUGGAAUACUCGUCCUGGAGAACUACAAUGUAAACACGGACUCAGUAUCAGAAGGACCUUUUGCUUUCAGCAUUGUGUUCAGAGAUGAGUUGGACAAACGUCACAUCCUGACUGGUAGGUCUGAAGACCAGGUAAAUCAGUGGGUGGCCGCGUUGAAGCAGGCUAGCUACGAAUACUGGAGAUCCCAGUUAAUAAUGCUCCAGGAAAAACUCUGUCAGAAGACUGGUAAAGAUCCACUGCUUAUCUUUCCGCGAAACCGCGGUGUAAUCAGAGAUGAAGCCUGGAACUCAACGACUACUUUCAGAUCUCACAUUCGUUCGUUAACCGGGUCCACGUCCUCAAUAACUUCAGCUAUUAAUAAAGAAACAAACCUCAUCGAAUUAUUGUAG